CUCCUCCCUUGUUCCUGUCGGGAGCACAGUGGGUAGCGCCUAAGGAGGCUAGGGGGUUAUUGAAGAUAUGAAGGGAGGGAAGAAGAAAAGCGAGCUUCAGCAGGCGCCACGACCAGCUGAGAAAGACAGCGAAAACAGUGGUACUGGCGGCGGCGACGAUGAUGUCGAUGCCGGUGGUGGUGGUGUAGCUGCCGUAGGUGUAGGUGUGAGUGCUGAGUGCGCAGGUAGGAGCGAGGAGGAAUCGGCGCCGCCCGUGGCAGAGGAGAUGGAGGGACAAGAUGAGGGAGUCGGCGAUGAGGGUACAGAGGGAGAGCAGCCCAAACUCGACGAAGGCUUUUACGAAAUUGAAGACGUUCGAAGGAAAAGGGUUCGCAAGGGGCAAGUCCAAUAUCUUAUCAAAUGGCGUGGCUGGCCGGAGACAGCCAAUACCUGGGAACCCUUUGAAAACCUGCAAUCCUGUUAUGAUGUCAUUGAAGCGUUUGAAGAGAGCAUGCGUGCAGGCAAGAGUAGAUCGUCCAGGAAACGUAAGCACAAGUCUGGGGCUCCUCACUCUCAACCCACGAGGAAGCAGCGUUCCACCCCAAAUUCCUCUGGUGUAAAGGUCAAGGAAACAAUUGAAGUUAUACCUUCUACCACUCCCGGCAACCCAAGCCUUGCCAAUCCUCCUCCUCCUGACAGAACUGAGGCAGGCAAUGCAACUGAGGGCAAGAUAUGUGGGGAUGCUGAGAACAAGCAUGAGGAUGUCAACAAUGAAAAGACCACCGAGCAGCCAAAUGAUGAUGGGUCUUUAAAUGUGCCCCUGGAACCAGAACUAAAUAGGGAAGCAAAUGGAACUGAUCCUAAACUUAGUGAGCUUAAUGGGACUGCUUCUGAUGACAUAAGUAACGGGAAAUUUACAAUACAUAUCCCUGAUGCCAGGGCUACAGAAGAAGGGGAUAGUGAUGGGCUUUCAAAGGGUGAGGGUGUUGAACCAGAUCAGAGUAGUUGCUUUACUGGAGCCAGAAGGUGGAAGUCUGGAUCUGUGAAAAGAUUCAGACAUGUUUCAGUCUCUUCUGAACCUGGAAGGGUCCAAAAUUCAACAGCAAUAUGUGGUAUCAAAUCUUUUUCUGGUAGAAUCGAACCACAGGGGAUGGAGGAUGCUGGGACCACAGGGGCCGAUGCAGGUGAAAAGACUAAAUUGGAUCACUCCACAAAUUCAUCUUCUAUUACUAAGGUAAUCAAGGUAGUCGGCUAUUCAGCUUCUGUAUCAAACAAUGUUGAAGAUGCAUCCGUAAACUUUCUGGUUUUGAGGUCUGAUGGGAAAGAAAUGGUGGUGGAUAACAAUUUUUUAAAGAUUAACAAUCCUCUUCUGUUGAUCAGCUAUUAUGAGCAACAUCUUCGUUAUAGUCCUCGGCGAAAUGAGAUGUACUAGAAGGGUAUGAAGGUUAUUAUUUGCUUUCACUGCAGCUAGAAGGAUGGAGACUUCACAUGGCUGGUUUUAUUUGGAAUAGUGCAUAGUGGCUAAUAUAUCGAGCAAAGUUGAAAAUUUGGUGAAGAACAAUGGCAUGAUACUUUUGUAAAUUUUUUUUUUGGUUUUCGGGGGCGUUGACCUAGUGUUUGGUUUCAAUGGAAACAGAAGGGAAUGCCCUGAUUGCUUCUGUAAGAGAACCCACAUGUCGUCCUUAUGGUUUAGCUCAACUAUUAAUGCAUUUAGGAAGGUUAGGACCUCAAUUGUCUCAACAAAUACAAGAGCUGCCAACAAUCUAAUUCACCUCACCUAUGAAAGCAAAAAUUAUAUGUUCGCUGAGA